CAGGGAGACAACAGUCAAACUUCCGCUUUAUUGGAAUUAGUGCAGAAAGUGAUGAUGUAAAGGGAGCGGGUUUAGUACUGAGGAUUUAGCCAGUUAUAAACUCUUGAAUGAAACCGGGUUUAUAACCGGAAUCCAGCGGUUUAUACCGGUCCAGUGUGCGGGGUUCUCCUCUCCUGGAGGCGGCAGAAGGAGGCUGUAGACCCGGGUCUGUGUCGGAGGCGUACAGGGUGCAGUAACUGUGUGAAGAUGUUGAAGGCGGUGAUUCUGAUCGGGGGUCCUCAGAAAGGAACCCGGUUCCGCCCGCUGUCCUUUGAGGUGCCCAAACCUCUGUUCCCAGUGGCUGGAGUUCCCAUGGUCCAACACCACAUAGAAGCCUGUGCCAAGGUUCCUGACAUGAAGGAGAUCAUCCUGAUCGGGUUCUACCAGCCCAACGAGGAGCUAAACCGGUUCUUAGCUUCAGCUCAGCAGGAGUUUAAAAUUUCAAUAAGGUACCUGCAGGAGUUUGCUGCUUUAGGGACAGGAGGCGGGAUUUAUCAUUUCCGAGACCAGAUCCUGUCCGGAGGUCCGUCUGCGUUCUUCCUGAUGAAUGCUGAUGUGUGCUCUGAGUUCCCCCUGCAGGACAUGCUCAGAUUCCACCAGCAGCUCCAAGGCUCCCACUGCGGGAUUAUCCUCGGCACUGCGGCUAACAGGAAGCAGUCGUUGAACUAUGGAUGCAUCGUGGAAAAUCAGAAAACAAAUGAGGUUCUUCAUUUUGUGGAGAAACCCAGCACUUUUGUAAGCGACAUUAUUAAUUGUGGCGUCUACCUUUUCACACCUGAGAUUUUUGGCCAUAUUGGAACAGUGUUUCAGAGAAAUCAGGAAGAAAGACUCCAGGAUGAUCCUCCGUGCGGUAGAUUGAUGCCGGAAGCGAUCCGUUUGGAAAAGGAUAUUUUUACAGAGCUCGCGGCUCAGAAGCAGCUGUACGUCUAUAAAACUCAGCACUUCUGGAGUCAGAUUAAAUCUGCAGGAUCAGCGAUAUACGCCAGUCGUUUAUACCUGAACCGAUACCAUCAGACUCACCCAGAGAGACUGGCCACCAACCAGGAAGAAGAAGGACCUAAAAUUAUAGGAGAUGUGUACAUCCAUCCAACAGCUAAUAUAGACUCAACAGCUGUGCUGGGCCCCAAUGUUUCUAUUGGGACAGGAGUAACGAUUGGUGCGGGAGUCAGAGUGAGGGAGUGUAUUGUUUUACAUGGAGCUACACUGCAGGAUCACUGUUGUGUGCUGAACAGCAUUGUUGGGUGGGAGAGUACCAUUGGAAAGUGGGCGAGAGUGGAGGGUACCCCAAGUGACCCCAACCCCAAUGACCCCUACGCUAAAAUCGACAGUGAGACUCUGUUCCGGGACGGGGGUCUGACUCCCUCUAUUACCAUCCUCGGAUGUAAUGUGAACAUUCCAUCAGAGGUCAUUAUACGGAAUUCCAUCGUCCUUCCUCACAAAGAUCUCAACCGGAGCUUCAAAAACCAGAUCAUCCUCUAGAGGACCCCAGCUCCUCUUUAGAAAACACUCGGGACAAACAAUCGCAUAGAAGAAGGAAGGAAGGAAGGAAGGAAGGAAGGACACACUAAUUGCACAGAAUCGUUUUAAUAUAUCUCUAUUGUCUACAUAUGUUUUUAUGGUUUUUUUUAUGUAGUUUGUUUGGUUUUAUGGGUUUAUCAUGUUUAGACACUGUCUUGGUUUUGGAAACUGUAGAUUUUAAUAGUUGUUCUUUCCUACUGAUUAUGCUACUCUAAAAUUAUGAAGCACAAAUGUUAAUAUAGAUGUUUAGUUUUAUUACAAGUUUAAUGUCAAAGACCUUUUGAAAUGUCCAUUUGACAUUUGUUUUCUAGCCCUUGUUUUUAGUUAUCAUAUUUCCUUUGGAACUGAGAUAUAAAGGGAAGUGGAUUAACCCUUUAAGAAGCUGAUCAAUGUCGUAAAAAUACUCCAAAUUUCUAAGUUUCUCGUUCCACUUUAAAUCGUGCAGUAUCCUUGGAUGACGGAGUUUAACCGGUUCUGUACCAUUUAAAGUGGAGCGGCAAAUUUAGCUAGCUAACUACAGAGACAUACUGCUAGCAAUGUAAAAUGUAUUGAUUUUUUUUCAAAAUAAUAAACUUCUGGGUUUCUUUGGUC